AUGGCGGACUCAGAGAUACCAAAGGGCCCGCCUUCUGGCUACGAUGAAGCCGCAACAGAGCAGGCCGCCGGUGCGCGCCCUCGCGCUACGUCAGGACUACGCCGUGGCCCUGCGCCGCUCGACAUUCCCAUCAUCAAACACCUCAACGCAAAGCGAGUCAUCCUGGCCUCUGCGUCGCCCCGCAGAAAGGCGCUUCUGCAACAGGUUGGCUUGAGAAACCUCGAAAUUACGCCGUCUACCAUACCAGAAGAUGUGGACAAGUCCAUUUACGGCCCAUGGGAGUACGUCUCCGAAACUGGGCGUCGUAAAGGCCUCAACGUCUACCAAAGGUCGCUCGAGACGCACCUCAACUCGAUACCCGAUCCGGACCUAGUCAUUGCCGCCGACACCGUCAUUGUCACCCGCGACGGCCGAAUUUUGGAGAAGCCGCGAAGCGAAGCCGACCACAUCGCCAUGCUCAAGCUCCUGCGAGACUCUCGCGUUCACCGCGUCUUGACCUCUGUGACUGCGCUUGCGCCCCGGGAAGAUGCGCGCCACCCAGGCUACGACAUGGCGACACACACGGUGGAAACCAAGGUCUACUUUCGCAGCGAAGAGGACGGUCUGCCGGAUGAUGUCAUUGAGGCAUACGUCAAGACGCGCGAAGGCGUUGACAAGGCUGGCGGAUACGGCAUCCAGGGAGUCGCCGGACUGCUCUUGAUUGAGAAGAUUGAUGGCAGCAUAGACAAUGUCAUUGGCUUGCCCGUACAAAAGACGCUGCAGUUGGCGGAAAAGGUCAUUUUCCGCCAAGACGAAGUAGAUUUUGAGGGCGAAGAGGUAGAGUCUGACGGGUGA